AUGGCCCCCAAGUCCGCCGAAAGGUCGUCCAAGUCUGUCGAAUCCGCCGAGUCCACUACAGAAACUACCGACAAACAUUUUAUCAGGGAGGCACUCAAUCACAUGCCUCUACCCAACGAAAAAGACCUACCUCAGUACUCCGUCUCACACUACGAAGUGCGGGACUAUUCACACAUGUUCGAAGACGGAACGACCAUCGUCAUUGAAAAACGUCCCAGUGGCGGUACCUUGAGUCUCUGGGACUACAUACGACUUUUGGAGCAGUCGGAGGACCUCGAGCCAAGAUCCCCCCUUAGGUAUGAUAUUGGAAACUGGCUCGGGCAUUUUCAUAAUUGGGGCUCGCAAGAACAGGUAGUUGAGAAACUACAGGGUAUUGUUCGAAACCAAGAGCUCACCAACGACCAUUGCGAGAUCAUCUCCGCGGAGUUAAACAUGGCCGUCUUUGAGGCGCUAAACAGACCCACUCACCAGCUUCCGAAACACGCUCAUAAAACUUUUGAAGAAGCCCUUGGAUUGAUAAAGAAAAACUAUGCCGUCCACGAAACGCAACAAUCUUUUCAGAUUCUCAACGGAAAGUUUGACUUGCACAGCCUCCAUGUUAUGGACUCCCCAUUGACUCAGCUAGACGACCCAAAGCAGUCUCCAUCUGUUUACGUUUCCGAGUGGCGUGGGUGUCAUGAAGGGCAUCCGGCGUUUGACCUCGGUCCGUUUAUGGCUGACCUGGUUGUACUCUUCAGACAGAACAACCCAAUCGCGGGUGAUGUGGCCCGGGGAUUCGUUAACGGAUAUUUUGACAAAGUCAGGGAAAACAGGGACCCGGGAAACAAGUUCAUAUUCUAUGUUCUGGUACAUAUUGGCGUUUACAUCAUCAUACGAUGCCGUGGCUUUACUCAGAAAAUGAAUGAUUACAGUACCGGCAAAGACAAGAAUAUCGGCGAGAACAAGAAUACUACCAAUGAUGAGAACACUACCAAGGACGAGAACAACGGCAAAGUCAAGAACAAGGGCAAAGGCAAGGAAAUUGUCGAAGUCAAGGAAAUUUUCGGGGAGAAGAACAUUGUCGAAGAGAAGAAGAUUGACAAAGGCGAGGACACUGGCAAAUAUGGGACCAGCGGCAAAGACAAUGCUGCCAAGGACCAGAACAACGGCAGGCAAAAUGGAAACAGCAUCAUCGACGGCGAUGGCAUCAAGCAGAACGGCAAUCGCAACGGUACUCCAGCUGACAAUGACAACAACGACCCCAAGCACACAACGAACGGUACCAAUGGGUAUCGAGAAACACUCAAAUACGGAUUCUUGAUUGUGCAGCAUGCGCUGAGUGAGGAUAGCGAAUGGUUUAUGGAUAAACCUCUGCUAUGUCAUCUUUUUGGACUAUCUUCUGCCUCUUCUUCUAAAGUUCGUUAUGGCCCUGACAGGUGGGCGUUAGCCAACAAAUUAUCCAGGGUAGAGAAGAGCGGAGAAUCAUCAAACAGUAACGCGAGGUGGUAA